UCCUGUGCGUGUCACUCACUCGGCGGGGGAGGGGAAGCGGCGAGCAGGCGGCGGCGGUUCCUCCGAGAGCGGGUCGGCGGGGCAGGGCCCGGCGGUGCUCGCGCUGCUCCCUUGCCGCCCGGAGUAGCCGCGGAGGCCCGGAGAGGUGGGGCCGCCGAGCGGGGGAGAGGCCGCGGAACCCGGCCCGGGCGCUGGCGUCCCGCGGGAGGCGGCCAUGUCUACCGGCGAGGUGGAGCGGCUGUCGGCGGACCUCGGCGGGGCGGCCGGGGACGAGGAGGAGGAGUGGCUCUACGGCGAUGAAAAUGAAGCAGAGAGACCAGAAGAAGAAAAAGCUAGUGCUCCACCCGCACCUGGAAAUGAAGAGGAAGCUGCAGAAAAUGGCGUUGUGAAAACGAAGGUGACUGAGGCUGAGGAUGACAGUGAUAGUGAUAGCGAUGAUGAUGAAGAUGAUGUUCAAGUCACCAUAGGGGAUAUUAAAACAGGAGCUCCACAGUUUAGUUAUGGAGCAGCACCUGUGAACCUUAAUAUUAAGACGGGAGGACGAGUUUAUGGAUCUUCCGGUGUAAAAGUUAAAGGGGUGGAUUUAGAUGCACCAGGAAGUAUUAAUGGUGUACCACUUCUGGAAGUAGAUCUAGAUUCUUUUGAAGAUAAACCCUGGAGAAAACCAGGGGCUGAUCUAUCUGAUUAUUUCAACUAUGGGUUCAAUGAAGAUACAUGGAAAGCGUACUGUGAAAAACAAAAGAGAAUACGUAUGGGUCUUGAAAUUUUACCAGUUACCUCAGCCACAAAUAAAAUUACGGCUGAAGACAAUGCUAUGGAAGUAACAUCAAGUGCAGAGAUUCUCGAUGGCAGAUACCAUCUUUUUAAGGUACAGCAGGGCAGAACUGGAAAUCUGGAGAAAGAGUUGGCAGUGCAGUCGACCAAAGCUGAUUUCACAUCUCCUCCUGCCUUAUUCAAAUCAGGAAUUCCAACAAACAGGCGAUUAUCUGGCGCAAUAGAUGUGAUUGGACAGACCAUCACUAUCAGCAGGGUAGAGGGACGACGACGUGCUAAUGAAAACAGCAACAUACAGGUUCUUUCAGAACGAUCUAAUCCUGAAGUAGACAAUUUUACCAAGCCACCUCCAUUUUUCCCUCCAGGAGCUCCACCUACUCACCUUCCACCACCUCCUUUCCUCCCACCCCCUCCAACUGUCAGUACUGCUCCGCCUCUGAUUCCUCCUCCAGGUAUACCAAUAACAGUACCACCACCAGGCUUUCCACCACCACCUGGCGGUCCUCCACCUUCCCUCAUACCCACAAUAGAAAGUGGACAUUCCUCUGGCUAUGACAGUCGUUCUGUUCGUGCAUUUUCAUAUGGCAGUGUCACCUUUCCGCACCUUGCAGGUUCUGCUCCUUCAUGGUCUAGUCUUAUGGACAGCAGCAAACAGUGGGAUUACUAUGCACGGCGAGAGAAGGAGAGGGAGCGGGACAGAGAUCGAUCUCGGGAUCGAGAUCGGGACCGGGACCGAGACAGAGAUCGAGAACGUACCAGAGACAGGGAAAGGGACCGAGAUCACAGCCCAUCUUCAAGCGCGUUCAACAGUGAUGAAGAACGAUACAGAUACAGAGACUAUGCAGAAAGAGGCUACGACCGUCAUAGAACAAGCAGAGAGAAAGAUGACCGGCAUAGAGAGAGGAGACACAGAGAGAAAGAAGAUACGAGACACAAGUCAUCUCGAAGUAACAGCAGACGCCGCCACGACAGUGAAGAAGGGGACAGCCACAGAAGGCACAAACACAAAAAAUCCAAGCGAAGCAAAGAAGGAAAAGAAGCCAGCAGUGAACCUGCUCCUGAGCAGGAAAACACUGAAGCUGCCCCCGUGGAAUAGGCUUGUGUGAUUUUUGCCUAUUUGCAUAUAUAUUAGUGCCAGAAAUAGAUUACUAUAAAUCUUAUUAUUUUUCUGGUUAUUAAAAUAAUUUGUUCUUAAUCUUGUUCUGUUAGUACAAAAUUGAAAGUUACUUGGUUUUUUUGUUUUGUUGGGUUUUUUUGGAAAACAAAAGAAUAAAUUUUUCAUGUUAA